ACACAAUGGAAACAGCAAGUACUCCAUGUAAAGUACAUCAGUGUUCUAAGUGUCCGGGGGACACAGAGUACUAUUGUGUAUCGUGUCCAUGUGAUCUGUGUCCCCAGUGUAAAGAAAACCAUGUAAAAGACCUCCAAACAAUUGACCACGAUGUUGUGUCACACCGUGAUAAGAUCAACUACAUCCCAACACAAGAGAUCUGUGUGAGACAUCCUAGCCAUGUUUAUAGAAAGUACUGUGAACCGUGUCAAGUUCCUGUCUGUUACCACUGCACACAACAUAGAAAUCACCAACAAUUAGUUAUUACAACAUCCUAUAACAAAACGCGACAACAACACAGAGGAACCAUUCACACCAUCAGAAGUGAGGCUCUCUUUUACAGACCUGUUCUCCUGCCACGAAUAAAAACUGAUUUCAAAACCUGUCGCACAGAAUUCUCUCUCUAUCAUUCAGAGAUGUUAACAAAGGCCCAGACACUGAAUCAUCUCAUUGACUAUAUACAAAACGAUUUCAUGUGUAAUGUGUUCUGUGACUUUGAUUUCAAACACAGAUGUUUAAAACAGAAGAAAGAAAUGAUCGUACGUAUUGUCAGCCUACAGAGAUAUUUAUACAUAUAUGAACAGAGGAGAGUAAUCAGACCGCUACAAUUCCUCUCCUCCAUAAAGGCAGCCCUCCCCCAGAUACAUCCUAUACUCCACACCAGCCAGCUCUCCAUGACUGAGUCACUCAACAAGGAGGAUGUGAUGGAGUCACUGAGUAUCCAAAUCACAGAGAGAGGAAACCGACGCGUAGGAAACCAGUGUCUGCUGAAACUGACGUCUGUUCCUGAGUUCCAUCAAUCUCUCACAGUGACAGGUGUUGGUCGUUGUUUUCACAUUUCCUGUGUGACAUCAGACCGGGUCUGGGUCAGUAAUUGGAACAAUCUCAUCUUGACAGACACAACAGGUGUCCCUCUACAUCGUGUGAAGGAUUCAUGUAUUUGUUAUGAUAGAGGAUUUCACACUGUGAACACUGAGAGUGAACUGAUUUAUAUAGAUAGGAAUUAUAACAUCAACAAACUGUCAAAGGAUAUGAAAACAACCACCACAUUUAUGGAGAGAACAGACUCUACAUGGGAACCAUGGUGUGUGUACUGGUCCCCGUCCACUGGGGAUCUACUGGUCGGGAUGCAUGACAAACAUACAGGCAAGGUAACCCGGUACAACCAGAGCGGACAACAGACACAAACCAUACAACAUGACAACACAGGACGGGGACUGUAUAGUGUACCUCACUAUAUAACAGAAAACAACAAUGGGGAUGUCGUGGUGUCUGACUAUUACAGUGGGACUGGUGCUGUAGUGGUGACAGAGCAUGGAGGAAGACAUCGUUUCUCCUACACAGGACGUCCAUCAGGAUCAGGACUAGAGCCACUUGGAAUCUGUACUGACGCGCUGUCACACAUCCUGGUGUGUGAUGAUAAAACCAUAACAGUACAUAUGUUAGAUAAGGACGGUCACUUCCUGUCACAUCUACUGACAAUAUCACAAGAGAUGGGUAGACCUCACGGCCUGAGUUAUGAUGUCAACAUUCACCGUCUCUGGGUUGUAUCACGGGUGGACAACAUCGUGUGUGUCUACAGGUGUAUCACCAGACAGGACGCUCUGACAGAUCAAAGUCGUGUAAUGGAGUUACUGAGUGGAAUCCCAACCCCAGGGACAGAUUCACCACAGAAAGGAAACCAGUGUCUGCUGAAACUGAUGUCACCCGCCGAGUUACUUCACUCUAUCACAAUGACAGAUGUUGUUCGUUGUUGUCACAUUUCCUGUGUGACAUCAGACCGGGUCUGGGUCAGUGAUGGAUUAAAACUCAUCUUGACAGACACAACAGGUGUCCCUCUACAUCGUGUGAAGGAUUCAUGUAGUUAUGAUAUCUACCUCUUAUUUCAGGCAGGAUUACACACAGUGAACAGUGAGAGUGAACUGAUUUAUAUAGAUAGGAAUUUUAACAUCAACAAACUGUCAAAGGAUAUGAAAACAACCACCACCCGAUUUAUAGAGAGAAAAGACUCUACAUGGCAACCACGGUGUGUGUACUGGUCCCCGUCCACUGGGGAUCUACUGGUCGGGAUGUGUUAUAGAUAUACAGUGACAGGCAAGGUAACCCGGUACAACCAGAGCGGACAACUGACACAAACCAUACAGAACGACAACACAGGGCGGGGACUGUAUAGUAGACCUUGGUACAUAACAGAGAACAACAAUGGGGAUGUCGUGGUGUCUGAAAUUUUGUCUGGUGCUGUAGUGGUGACAGAGCAUGGAGGAAGACAUCGUUUCACCUACACAGGACCUCCAUCAGGAUCAGGACUAAGGCCACGUGGAAUCUGCACUGACGCGCUGUCACACAUCCUGGUGUGUGAUGGAAUAACCAAAACAGUACAGAUGUUGGAUAAAAACGGUCAGUUCCUGUCACAUAUACAGACAAAAUCACAAUAUAUUGAUGUACCAUGGAGCCUGAAUUAUGAUGUCAACACUCACCGUCUCUGGGUCGGGGAGAAAAACAAGGUGUGUGUCUACAGGUAUAUCACCAGACAGGACGCUCUGACAGGUAAGUCUGAGCAUAGACCCCGUCCUGCUGGGGAUGCCAUAUUUAGCUCAACAUCAGUCGUAGAAUGGAGAUAUCUUAGAUAUUGACAGGUUGUAAAUGUUUCUGUAAAAAUCUAGUCUGCUCUCAAAACCACACAUGUUGUUUGUCAAUUUGUUCAACAUCUGCAGCUGAAAUCGACCUGUGUAUAAUUCACAUGGACUGUAAUACUGACUUCUGUUAAUUUCACACUUUGUGAUCAUCAAAAUAUGGCUGACUGUUGCUUUAU